AUGUCGUCAUCACAGAACACCCUCUUAGACCACUCGGAAGUAAACAAUGGAGAAACAAUUAUCUUGUGUGACAGCAAUGGUCGUCACAUAAACCCCAACCUGUUAUGCCCUGGUUCAAGGACUUCCUACAUCCGAUGUCCAACCCUGAAUGAUGCUAGUAAGACCAUAGAACAAACCACAUUCACGAACCCUAAAACCUUCCUUCUUCACUAUGGAACCAAUGACCUGGAGUCUAACCAAUCAGAUGAAGAAAUCAUAGGACAUCUCAAAUCCACGGUAACAACCAUAUCCAGUAAACAUCCUGAAAGUAAAGUGAUUCUCUCAACACUAUUACCCAGAAAAGACAACCUGAAUGAAAGGACCAAAAACAUUAACCACAGUCUAGAAGAAACAUUCUCGGCUUCCAAAAUCUAUGUUUUCGAACAUGACAACAUCAAGAUAGAAGACCUGCGUGACAAAAAACAUCUGAACACGAUUGGCGUCAAACGUUUCGCCUUAAACCUUAAAAGAGCAUACUUUGGUCAUUCUCCCCCAAAUACCGACAAAACAAGAAAAUCCCACAAUCACCCAACAAAACCCAGAUGGCAAUCCAACCAAAGAAUCAACCAACAAACCAAUACGACACUUCCACCCUUCCACCAGAACCACACCACAAACCAUCAACAUCCAAAUAAGCUCCACACAAUAAACAACCGCUAUACUCCUUUCUUCUACAACCGCAUGCCAUUCAACCAACACCCACCACACAAAAGCACCAGUCAAACUGCAGGAAACAGAAUGACGAAACACCAAGAAGAGAAAUUACCACAAGAAAUGGUCCAACUGAUCAAAGUUUUACAUACUAGGUAUGUUAACUAGUUAUAAUUGCAAUCUUAGAACAUAGAAAUAAGAAUUUAUGUAUUUAUAUAUAUUUUCUUUUCUCACUAUCCUCCAACUUAAAAAAAAAGUAUUAAUCUAGAAAUUUAAUAUUUAUCCUCAAUGAAAUUAUAAGUCUUUCUCUACCAAAUAUUUCACAUAAAUCUUCACAAAAAUGCCCCAUAGCCUGUCUUUCAGCACAUGGAACAUCCAUGGCCUAUCACAUAAUGUCCUUGGUGAUAAAACGAAAAUCAAGGACUUUACUGAUAAUAUUAUGAAAACAGACUUCAUGUUCUUAACUGAAACAUGGUCUGAUAAAGAAAUUAGUAUUCCAGAUUUCAAGGCAUUUGUCUCUGACCCCACAACACCUCGCACUGACAGACCCAGUAGGAUGUCCGGUGGGGUUACACUUUUAGUAAAACUCAAAUAUGAAAAAUAUGUUUCAAUUGAGGAAAAAUCUAAAAAUUACAUUUGGUGUAAAGUCUCUAAAGACCUUUUCAACAAUAAUAGAGACUUAUUCCUUUGUGGUGCCUAUAUACCACCAGAAAAAUCAUCGUACUUUGAUCAAGAAAUUUUUGAUGAAUUAGAAAAUGAUGUAAUUAAUUUUCUCUCAAAAGGUAAUACAAUAUUAUUAGGUGAUUUUAAUGGAAGAGCAAGUACACUUAACGAUUUUGUUUCCAAGGAUGGAAAUAACUAUACUAAUGAUUUAAGUGAUGAUAGUCUACAACCAAAAAACAGACUCAACUUUGAUAAUACUAAAAACAACCAUGGUUUACAACUUAUCAACAUAUGCAAAAAUACUGACAUGAGAAUCCUAAAUGGAAGAACCAAAGGCGAUUCUUUAGGUAGACCCACAUUUCAUGGAAACAAUGGUAUAAGUACUGUUGAUAUAAUAUGCGAUCAAGAAACAUUUCAAAAUGUUAACUAUUUUGUUGUAAAGCCACCAACCUAUUUAUCAGACCACAGUCAAAUAGUUACAUGGAUUGAUAUUGAAAAAACUUUACUUGACAGUGAAAAAAACUGGUCCAAACCUGAACAAACCCUUUACAUAAACUACCACUUCAAUUUGAUUGGUCUGAAAACUCAAAAAGAAAUUUCAGACAAACUCUAA